CCCAGGAUCAGCUUCACUCCCUUACAUUCUCUUCAUGGUUGUGGGGUAUCGUUCAACUAAAACUGAUUCAGCAACAGACUCGCAUUGAACAGUCGAUUUCACCUUGACACCAAGUAUGGCGUCGGCUACGAAAAUUAUCCAGAGACUGAGGAAUUAUUUGUCAGGGCAAGAUCUCCAAUCAAAACUACAACUUCGGUACAACGAAAUUGCAAAGAGGUCUCAGCCACCUCCCAAACUGCCUGUUGGACCCAGCCAUAAAUUUGCAAAUAACUACUACUGUCAGAGAGAUGGACGCAGAGAGUCUAUUCCACCGUCUGUGAUCAUGUCUUCCCAGAAGGCCCUAACAGCUGGAAGUGAGGUUUCUGGAAAACUCAAAUGCCCUGUUGUCCCCGGGCCCCAGGCGAAGGAACUUCCAGUGAGCGCUGACUAAAUGUAUAGUGUAAAAUAUGUGUAACUCUUAAUAAAGGAUGUGUAUAUA